AUGGUUUUUCGCGAAUUCAACGAGGACGAUCUCGAUAGUUAUCUCGAAGGAUCGGUGUGGUCGGAAAAACCAUCGGCAGCCGAGAUAUUCUCCGAUCGACCCGAUCAAGUGAUCACUGUUUUCCCAUCGACUUCGCACAUUAAUAUGGCAUACGGAUAUCCGCCAAAAUCGUGCGAAACUACUUUCGCGAGUCGUCGAAUUCCGUCUGUCUAUCAAAAUGAGCCACCGAGGGAGUAUAAUAGCUAUUCAAGGCGCAACGAAUAUAUUCAGCCAAAACCUGUUUCGCCGUUUGAGCGUUCUAUUAGCUCUCUGAAUCGUCCGGGCUCACCGGGGCCAGUUGCCGGUGCUGGUGAAAUAAUCAACACGGAGCAUGGCUUCACCAUCGAGCUCGACGUGUUUCGCUUUAGACCGGAAGAGAUUAAGGUAGUGCUAACCGACGAUCUCCUAAGCAUUACCGGCGAACGUUUUGAAUAUGCUGGAGACGGUCAAACACUUCGCCGAAGUUUUUCGAGAAAAUACUCGAUUCCAGAGGAUAUUCAUCUUGACUCUAUUCGCAGCCAUCUCACCGAUUCCGGAAUCCUUGUUGUGAAUGGCUCGCGUAGAGGCUGGAAAGAGACGAAUGUGAUCUUCCAUGGACCACGCCAAUCCUAUUAUUCCGGAAACUCAUACAAAAACGUCAUUAGCACCGUUUAA